UCACUUCCGCUGUGGCGGGAGGAUAAUCCAACCUUGAUGGUUAAAUCCCCAUGAGAAAACGUGACUAGUUGUUAGUCUCCGACCGCUGCAGCUUGGAUAGUUGUUUGUUUUGAUAACAUUAAACAUCAUUUUGCGAUGGCCAGCUAUCUGAAGCCCAACGACCAGAUUUUGCAAACCCUAACAGAUGUCGCUAACAGGCUCCGUAUCCAUUCAAUUAAAGCAACAUGCGCAUCGAACUCCGGCCAUCCAACAUCCUGCUGCAGUGCUGCGGAGAUAAUGGCGGUACUUUUCUUCAACAUCAUGAAAUAUAAGCCCCUUGAUCCUCGAAAUGCCAACAAUGACCGCUUUGUUUUGUCAAAGGGUCAUGCUGCUCCCAUUCUUUAUGCUGCUUGGUCUGAGGCUGGCUACAUCGAUAAAGCCGAACUGCUUAAUUUGAGAAAACUGGAUUGUGACCUGGAAGGACACCCCACACCUAAACUUAAAUUUGUUGACAUAGCAACUGGCUCUCUAGGCCAAGGUUUGGGUGCGGCCUGUGGAAUGGCUUACACUGGGAAGUACUUUGACAAAAGCAGUUAUAGAGUGUUUUGUUUGAUGGGCGAUGGCGAGUCCUCUGAAGGUGCUGUCUGGGAAGCUAUGGCGUUUGCAUCUCACUACAAACUGGAUAACCUUGUGGCAAUCAUUGAUGUUAACCGCCUUGGUCAGAGUGAGGCCGCUCCUCUUCAGCAUAACAUGGAGGUCUAUCGUGAGCGUUGUGAAGCCUUUGGCUGGCACACUUGUGUAGUUGAUGGCCAUAGCAUUGAAAAGCUGCAUGAGGCAUUUUGGAAGGCAUCUCAAUGCAAGGACAAGCCCAGCAUGAUAGUUGCAAAAACUUUCAAGGGAAGAGGUAUUUCAGGUGUUGAAAAUGAGGACAACUGGCAUGGUAAACCCAUGCCUGUGAAUAAGAUGGAUACCAUUGUGAAUGAAAUUCAAGACUGCAUCAAAACCAGUGAAUGUAUUUGUCCAGAGCCACCAGUUGAGGAUGCUCCUGAAGUCAGCAUUGUGAAUAUAAAAAUGUCCUCUCCACCAGCAUAUAAUAUAAGUGACAAGGUUGCCACUCGAAAGGCUUAUGGCCAAGCCUUGGCCAAGCUUGGUCUUGCAAAUAGCCGGGUAAUUGCUUUAGACGGUGACACAAAGAACUCCACCUUUUCUGAGAUCUUUAAGAAACAACACCCUGACCGUUACAUUGAAUGCUUCAUUGCUGAACAAAACAUGGUGAGUGUUGGAAUGGGUUGCGCUACCAGAGACAGGAAUGUUGUUUUUGUUAGUACCUUUGCUGCUUUUCUGUCCCGUGCAUAUGACCAAAUUCGUAUGGGUGCGAUUUCUCAAAGCAACAUCAACCUAUGUGGCUCUCACUGUGGAGUCUCCAUUGGAGAGGAUGGCCCUUCACAAAUGGCCUUGGAGGACCUAGCCAUGUUUCGUGCUAUUCCUACUUGUACUGUCUUCUACCCCAGUGAUGCAGUGUCCACAGAGCAUGCUGUUGAGCUUGCAGCAAAUACAAAGGGUAUCUGUUUCAUCCGGACAAGCCGUCCAGAGACUCCAGUUAUUUACUCUUCAGAUGAGAAGUUUGAAAUUGGAGUAGCAAAGGUGGUUCGGAGCAGUGAGAGUGAUCGUGUUACAGUGAUUGGAGCUGGAGUUACAUUACAUGAGUCAUUGAAAGCUGCUGAUGAACUGGCUAAAGCAGGUAUCAAUAUCCGUGUGAUUGACCCUUUCACAAUCAAACCUCUGGAUGCAGCUACCAUCAUCUCCAGUGCAGUCGCUACUGGAGGACGCAUCAUUACUGUAGAAGACCACUACAGAGAGGGCGGACUGGGAGAAGCUGUAUCUGCAGCUGUGGCAGAAGAACCAAGCAUCAUUGUUAAACGUCUGGCUGUAACUCAAGUCCCACGCAGUGGUAAACCUGUUGAGCUUCUGGAUAUGUUUGAGAUCAGUGCCACCCACAUUAUGAAUGCAGUAAAGGCUGCCUUUGCGAAUUAAAACUGAAGAGUUUGGGGGGGGAAAGCAGCUGUCUGGAAAAAUGCCACAUUCUGAAUUUUUAACGCAGCUAAUACUGCAUUGAAAAGCAGGACCAUUCUCACUAAAGGAAUGAUUACACCAUGACCGGCAGAAAAGCUCUGAAGGAUUGCUGGAUUUUCUGUUCCUGGUUUGAAACUGACACUGUUUUCGAUGGUGCACAAGUCCAUUCCUUUCUGUGAUAGUUUCAGUGUUACGUUUGAGGAGACCAUUUGGACUUCAUUGCUUAAACUGUGUAUAUUAAUGUCUUAAUUUAAAGUCUAUAUUAAAUAAAUUCCACAGCAUUUCA